AUGUCUGACACAAAUACGAUUAAAACUGAUCCAGAAGGCACUUCUGUUGACCUAGCCCCAAACCAGCCUGCAGAUGUUCCCCACCCGUGCAUAUCGUGCGGGGGUGCUGGCGUGCUUCGGCUGCUGAUUGUUCCGGACAUGUUUUUUUCGGACUCACUAAUAAGCACAUUUACGUGCUCCGAGUGCCCGUUCCGAAACAAGCAAAUAGACGAAAUGCAUCUUUCUGAGAAGGGGGUCAGAAUAAAGUGCAGGCUGAACAAGCCCGAAGACCUGCGAAGGUAUCUGGUCGUGCCUUCUGGUGCGCGCGUGUCUAUAGACGCGGGGGAAAGGGGGGUUUCAUCCCAGCAGCCAGAAGACACUAUUGUAACAGUGGAGUCUUUUAUUAGAAACAUUUUCGAGAAGCUCAUAUCCAUGGGAAGCAUGCCAGAAGACAAAAUAACGGAAGAAGAGCUGGCAGGCCUGGAAGAGUAUGCGGACAUAGCAGCCUUCCUGCAGAAGUCCAUGGACGACCUGGACGUAACUCUGAGCAUUGAGGACCCGAAAGGCGCUGCGCGCGUAAUGCCUGUGGGAAGAAACAUGCAGACAACAACCAAAGGGCUCCCGCUGGAGUACUUCAGAGACGGGGUGGUUGAAAUCGAGGAGUACGAAGUGAGCCGCAGCGCCCCAGAGGAUGCUGGAAGCAGGAGCAGCCCGGAAGACCCAGAGCAGCCAGAAACAAGAACAGAGUGA